GAGAGAAAGCUAUUUUUUUUAGCUGGGUUGACUGGACGCAGGCACAUUGAGGAUAGAAAUCCCGAAACCUGUCGAGAAUGAGUAAGAAGACAGAUGUUAUCAUUCUAAAUGUUGGAGGGAUGAAAUACUCCACUUUUGUCGGCACGCUCAAGCGGUACCAAGAUUCAAAGUUAGCACGGGCGUUGGAAGGAGGUGAUCCUGACUUCGGAAUAGUCAAUGGGCAAAUUUUCAUUGACAGGGAUGGCGGUCUUUUUCGGUAUAUUCUGGACUUCUUGAGAACUCGCCAGCUCGACCUUCCUGCUGCGUUCUCCGAUUACGACCGGCUGGCGAGGGAGGCAGAAUUCUACAAUUUGCCUUUCUUGGUUGAACUUCUGGGCCAGGCUCGGCUGAAGCAAAAGCUCGAGAUCCUGGAGGUGAGAUACUCCCUGCAGGAAACCUACUCCUUCUUUAGAGUUUUCAGUUCCUGUAACAACACCAUUGAAACGUUAGCCGGACGUAUUAUGGUGUUUUCAGAGCAGCCUGGCCAGAGCUGGAAUCAUUCUUCCUCACUUCAGAGACCAUUGGUUCCAAUUCCAUUACAGAGACCAUCUCAUCACGAUUUCGUCUUUCAAUGUGGAACGGACUAUUCAACUGGAGAUGAGUUAUCCACAAGAUAUGUGUCCAUUCAACCAGAUGAAAGAAAACUUAUCAAUGGUUCUAAUGUCCUUGGAUUACUCAUAGACACUUUACUGAGAGAAGGAUUUUGUCUUGUAAGCACCAGAACAGUCUCCCCCAAUGAGAAAAUUGAAUGCUACACAUUUGAACGAAACAGGAGUACUGAGCAUCUCAGCAUAUCCAUUGGUCAGGGAGGAUUAAGCUCCCCUGGAGUGCAUUUUCAAGGUGAAAAGUCACAGACCAGGAGGUAACUCAGUUAAGAACUAAUAAUGAAUUGAAAGAUCAGAUUUCAGCAGAAGACAAUCUUCUUGGUCAUGAUAAAAUAAAUUUAUUUUGGCUGAGGUGAUGUUCAGGAAGUCAAUAUUAAUAUGAAGAACUGGAAUAUGAAGAGCUGUAAAUGCUGGAAAUCUGAAAUAAAAAGAAAAUGUUGGAGAUACUCUGGAAGACAAGUAGAAUAUAUCAAGAGAGAAACAGAUUGAUGACAAACUAUUGUCCUUGGCAGACACUGAGCAUUUUUUAUUUCAUAUGUUGACCUUGGCCAUCACCAAGAAGCGUUAGAAAUUGGGAAAAUCGUGGCUUAAUUAGUCAAUAAGAGUCUCAUUGGUAUGGAAGAAAUAGAUGGUCAUAUAUUUCACUUUCGGCAUCUCUGCACAAUUCCUCCCUGCUGUGUGGAAAGCAAAGAAAAAACACAAUUUUGCUUGAAUAAUUAUAAAUUAAUGGAUUGUAGUAUUAACGACAAAGCAUUUUUUUUCCAUCUGCAAAUACAGCAUGCUGAAAUCAAACAUGGAAUGUGUGCAAAUCACACAAUUUCACUUGCACGAUGCCGGAAAAAUUGAAUUAAAUUGCUCAUUAUAAAAACAAUUGGCCUAGAUAUUGAA